CAACACAUUCACUUCAUCUCAUUCGAUCCAUGUCAUCCUUCAAGGCCACCGCUGCCUCUACAAGGGCUUUUUUUGCUUUGAAACAACGUCAUUUAUCCCUGGUCCGAAGACGACCCACCUGGCAUCCUCUUGUAGGCUCGCGAUCCUAUACACAACGUGGACUGACGACUUCAAUUGAACAAAAUACUCCAACAACGUCGAUAGAUCAACAGCACAAACGACGCGAUGAUUCUGUUGAAGGACUCCUCACCGGAUUGAUCAAUGGAGACCGAUAUGCAUUAGCAAGAGCAAUCACUCUUGUUGAGUCUUCCAACCCCAAACACCGUGUUCAGGCGCAGCGUCUCCUCUCUAUGAUCCUGGAACGUGAAUCUAAUCUUGCCUCAAAGCAGAGUACAUCCCUUGCCAGCAUAACGCCUUCCUUGGAUGAUAAAGCCAUACUAUCAGUAGAAUCAUCCUCAACCUCAUCUGAAACCAAAUUAAAUGACCAACAGAAGCAACAACCAAUUCGACUCGGAAAAAGCUACAGAAUUGGACUCUCUGGUCCUCCUGGCGUUGGAAAAUCAACAUUCAUUGAAGCCUUUGGCAUGUAUCUUCUUUCGCUCGGACACCGUGUCUCUGUUUUGGCUGUGGACCCAUCUUCUGCACGGACAGGGGGAUCUAUCCUUGGUGAUAAAACCAGAAUGACAGAGCUCUCACGCAACACAAUGGCCUAUGUCCGCCCAUCACCAAGUCGUGGAACAUUAGGAGGUGUUGCUAGGAACACAACAGAAGCAAUUACAUUAUGCGAAGCGGCAGGAUAUGACAUUUGUCUUGUCGAGACUGUUGGUGUUGGUCAAUCUGAGACCAUGGUUGCAGACAUUGUUGACAUGUUUGUUCUCUUGGUUCCUCCAGCUGGUGGAGAUGAACUUCAGGGUAUGAAAAAGGGCAUCAUGGAACUAUCAGAUUUAGUAAUUGUCAACAAAUCAGAUGGAGCAUUAGUAGACUCUGCACGUAAUGCUCAGAUCGAGUACACUAGUGCCCUUAAGUUUGUCAAGGCCAUUUCAGAAAAUUGGAAACCAAAAGUAAUUCGUGUGUCGUCGAUGGGUGGGCCUGAAGGCGGAAUUGACAAGGCAUGGAGUACCAUGAAGGAAUACUUUGACAUCAUGGAGUCGACUGGAGAACUACAACGGAAACGAGGUCACCAACGUAAGAUUUGGAUGUGGCGGCAAGUUUCAUCGGAAUUGCUGGACUUACUCAAUGAGGAUGCACAAGUGCGAGAGUUGGCCAAGGAACUGGAAUCCAAGGUUCUUCAGAACGAAGUCAUGUCUGGCGCAGCAGCACAUCAAAUUGUAGAACGGUUCAUGAAGGGCAUGAACAGUUCAUCUUGAGAGACUAAAAAACUAAACGUACAAAGUUCUAGAAAGACCAAC